AUGGAAGGUCAAGAAGUGGGAAAGUCGACAGCUCUGGAAGGAAACACCAGUCUUUUGGAUGAAAAUUCUGAGAGAACGGCAUAUUAUAAUAAGCGUUUACAAUCUGAACCUGAGAACGUUGAUUUGUGGUUGGAAUUCAUCCAUUUUCAAGAUAAACUGUUCGCUGAUGAAAAUAAUAGAAUCGAAUCAGCAUCUACGUUAGCUGUCAUUGAAAAGAAACUCUCCAUUUUGGAAAAGGCCUUAGAAAUGAACCCAUCAGGUCUCAAAUUAAAAUUUGCUCAGUUGGAAAUUGGAAAAACUAUUUGGGAGGAAGGAAAAAUUGAUAAAGAAUGGGAAACCUUAUUGAAUCGUGACCCAAACAAUUUCGCUGUAUGGAAACAAUAUUUACUCAGAAAACAGUGUGAACUCUCCAAAUUUCAAGUGUCAGAGGUUAUUAGUUUGUACAGUAAAUGUUUUCAAGCCAUUGGACAAGGGAAAGGUGUAAGGGAUGGUCAUAACCGAUCUAAAGAUUUUAUUGAAUUAUUUCACCAAUACCUCAGUUUUUUAAACCAGUGCGGCCAUGUUGAAAAGGCCGUCGCUUCAUUUCAAGCUGUUAUGGAAUUCAAUCUGUUUUGCCCUGAAGAAUAUAGAAAUUUAGAUCUUGCAACUCUUACUGAACAUUUUGAAGAUUUUUGGAACAGUAUGGUUCCAAGAUUUGGAGAAGAGGGUGCCAAGGGCUGGAAAUACUGGAGUAGUCUUCGACAAAAACAACCACUUUCAGAAAAUAAAGAAACAGAUGAUAAGAAAGAAGAGGCUAUCAUUAAAUCAAAAGAGAAAUGUGAGGCAUGGUUUAAAAUAGAAACUUUAAGAGAGACCCAGAAUUGGUUGCCAUGGAGACCAGAUAUAGAAAAGGGUGAAACAGAAGACAACUGUCAAGAUUUAGAUAGCUUAGUUUUAUUCGAUGACAUCAGUUUUGUGUUGUUAACUAUUGAGGAUGAACAUGCUCUGCUGCAACUUUUGUUGGCAUUUUUUGAUGGGAUGGGACUUGUUUCCAGGUGGCAAAAAGAUCUUCUGGGAAUUCAUUUACCAUUCUUAAAUACAAGUCUGGAAUUUUGUCAAUAUGGACUGUAUGAAUUGAAUCAACUGGAUGUGUUAAUGGAUGAAUCAAACAUUCCUGACCAAAAUAGAAAGUACUGUCCGAGUUUAUUGCAAAUCACCUCAAAUGUUUUAAAAACUACUUUUGAUUUGUUCUCAAAUGAAUAUUCCUUGUCCAUUUUGACAUUAUUAUGGAUCCAUUUACAAAUUUUACAUUCUCAUGGAAAUGAUACCAAAAGUCAAACAAAAAUUCUAAAAAAGAGUAUGAAAAACGUUCUCAAAGAAGACAGAAAUAGGAAUAACUUAAUCAUUUGGAAUGCAUAUGUGAAAGUUUUGCAGAUGCUUGGAAAAAAUGAUGAAGCACUUCAUACGGCUGAGUUGGCGUUAAUGAUGACUGCAAAAUCUUCUGAAUCAACAGAUUUAGAGAACUACGGGUCUUUACUACUGUGUCAAACGUAUUGUCAAAUUUUGUUGAAUUUUUCAUCAACAAACCAAAGUGCCUCUGAAUUAACUUCAUCCAACCUGACAAAGAUAUCAAAUUCUCUCAAGUGCGUCUCAGAAAAUAUAGCAUAUGAUGUGACUAACAUUAAACAGCUCUCUAGUGUUGAAGUCUUAAAAAUAAAACGGAAUUUUCAAUCCAUGAUAAACAAUUAUUUUGCUGAUUUAUAUUUGAAGAAAAAUGAAAUUAAAUCUUUAUCUUUAGUGACUCUAGUUAACUGUGCAGCAAUUUUCGAUUAUGUGACGUCUGGGUUAAAGUCGGCCAUGUUUGUUUUUGACAAUGCCCUUAGUGAAAGUGAGGCUUUACAAUUUUGUGAUGUGCUGAAAGAAAAUCUGUUUUGUGUUCAGUUAAAUAUAAUAAAAUUUCACAUGUUAAGAUCUACUUUAUCCCUGGAAUUGCUACGUAGAACAUUAACGUUGGCGUUGAAGUCGUUUCCAAACAAUGUGAGAUUUUUGAAAGACUUUGUUGAGUUGGAGGAACGGUCAAAUAUAUCCUGCAGAAGAAGACGAUAUUUUGAUGCUUCUCUCAAAGAACUAACAUCUCCCACGCCUGUGAUAUUUGCUGUUUUGUCAGAAAUGAAAAGACAUGAACAAGUCAGUCAAGCGGGUAAGUUGGGAAAUUACUGGUUAAAGUCCCGCGAAAUCAUACCUGAAACUGGUAUAUCAAAUCGUAUCAGGUCAUUAUUUGAGAGAGGUUUACAAUCACCAUAUUGUCAACAUACACCUUUAAUAUGGAGACUUUAUAUACAUUUUGAGGUGAAAAUGAAUCAAAUAGAAAGAAGUAAAGGUAUAUUCUAUAGAUCAUUACAACAAUGUCCUGCAGUCAAAGUACUGUAUAUGGAUGCUAUCAAACUAUUUGGAGAUGAAGUCUUUCAACAAAUGGUUGAUCUAAUGGUAGAAAAAGAAAUAAGAGUUUAUUUACCAACAGAAGAAAUGGAUAUAUUAUUUAAUUCUGAUUCAUUAGAUACUGUAACACCUUGA